CCCUCACACCAACAACAGCCAGCGUUUGUAAACUUCACUUUGAUUCAUCCAGCCUGCAAGAACCUUCUCCUUUUGUCUAGAGAAAAGUUUCCCUCGCCGCACAUGGACCAUACCUUCCGCGCCGGAUUCCUUUCUCCUUAGGGCAUCAUGCUCUCCCUCCUCUCCUUCAGAAAGACAUCCUCCUUCCCUCUUUCUCACCUUGUCUCCUUCCCUCCUGCCUCAAAGCCAACCUCUCUUCAUCCACAUUUGCUUCCAAAGUCGGCGAUGACUUCCAACAUCGUAAGAACUGAUACGGUAUUCCUAUGCUUCCUUCUACAUUUCUCGGGCUACAAUCUCAUAACUGACUAGUAACACGUCCCAGGCCAAGAACGUACCUCCGAGUGGGAAACCGCAAACAAGUCCAAGAUAGACCACUGUUUCUUCAUGCACCGGAUCACCACGCCGCCAUGACGGACGCCUCCAGCUCCGAUAAGCAGGCUUACGCCGCUGCCGCCAUGGUAGCAGCCGCCAACGCCCAACGACAGGCCGACGCCAACAACGCUGCUGGCACAACCCCAGCCGAAAUCCUCGAAGCCCAUAUCCUAGCCGGCACCCUUCCCACCAACCCGGACACCCUCGAAGCCUUCCGCUUCGACUGCGUCAUUACCGUGGCGGACAGGCUCGCCCUCCUCAACCUGUACCGCUACCUCGUCCUCAACCUCGGCGCCCCUACCGCCGCCAUCCAGGGCUGGAUCGCCGAGGGCAAGGGAACCGUCACCGCCCGCAUCGAGAAGCUCUUCCCUAUCCGCAAGAAGCGCACCGCCGCCGCAGCCAAGGCGGUGAAGUGGUACCUUGAGCACCGCAACAUCUUUGACGAGAUCCCUAGCAACCCCACCGCAGAGACCAGAAAGGAAGAUGCCGUCCUCGAGGCGAUCCUCAACGGCGCCACGCCCGGAGAGAGGAUCGCCGGCGGCGUCAAUGCCACCCGUGAGGCAGGGGUGCAGAUACGCCUCAUGGAGGCGGAUGUUGCGGCGCUCUUCGAGAAGGGGGACCACAUUGCCUACCUCAUCACCAGGCCGCACAUGGCCAACGAGGCCAUCAUCUUCAAUCCUAGCGACAGGGCCACUAUUGACGAGAAGCCGCCGCUGGAGAUCAAGAUUAUUGAGUUGACUGCAGAUGGCAUGUGUACCGGCGUGGUUCAUGUGGCGACCACCAUUGGUGAGGCCAAGGACUAUGCUGCGAAUGCGUAUUAUGAGGCGGAGAGAAUGAAGUGGGUGGGAAAGCAAGGUGCCACGGGUAAGGGUGCGGGUGGUGAUGGCGAGAAGGGCAAGGCCAAAGCUAAGGCUGAGGCUGAGGCUGAGGCUGAGGCUGAGGCUAAAGCUGAGAAGGAGGAACUUGCUCAGGUUGAGAGUCUCGUCUCUUCGCUCAAUGUUGAUGAGGUUGAUUGA